UAAAUUAAUUAAAUAAAAGGGCACAGCCUUGGAGUGGGACUUCAAAAGAACCCUCCCCAGGCUGAGAUCCUUUGAUCACUAUCUCUCUUCAUCUGCCCUCUCGCUAAGAGCCCGGCAGGGAGGCAAAAUCCUGCAAUAGCUGCAAAAAAAAUCUCAAACCAGAGAGUGGGGAUAAAGGAGGAUGGAGGAAGGAAACAAGGGAAAGUCCAAAGUGGGCUUCAUCUGUUGGGAAAGGGAAAAUAAAGAAAGAGAGGGGAGGGGAGGGUCCAUGCUUGGGAGACUGGGAGCUCGUGCGCUACUCUCGAAGCUCUAAUAGACCGCUCUGCCGGGCGCUGCUUACCAUUCGCUACACAAAACAAAACCAAAACACAUGCUCCUCGAUGUCCUAAAUCCCAGCCUUCUCCCCUCUCGUUUCCCCACCACCUCUGCCCCCCCUCCUCCCCUUCCCUCCUUUUAAUUCCUACCUUCUCUCCAUCCACUCCUUCCCUUCUUCUUCAGUCAGUAGUGGCGUCUUCGCAGCAGAAGCGAGACCAGCAAAUUAGUGGAAGAAGAAGGAGGAGGAGGAGGACAAGAAAGAAAACCUAAGAAAAUGAUAACCCUGUCGGAUUUCUACAACGUCAUGACGGCUGUCGUGCCGCUCUACGUGGCCAUGAUCCUGGCCUAUGGCUCGGUGAAGUGGUGGAAAAUUUUCUCCCCGGACCAGUGCUCGGGCAUCAACCGCUUCGUGGCGCUGUUCGCGGUGCCGCUGCUCUCCUUCCACUUCAUCUCCACCAACGAUCCUUACAAGAUGAACCUGCGGUUCAUCGCCGCCGACACGCUCCAGAAGCUGAUGGUGCUGGCGAUCCUGACGGUGUGGAGCAAUGUCAGCCGCCGAGGCUGCCUCGAGUGGACUAUAACUCUCUUCUCCCUCUCCACCCUCCCCAACACUCUUGUCAUGGGCAUCCCCCUCCUCAAGGGUAUGUACGGCGGCGACUCCGGCAGCCUCAUGGUCCAGAUCGUCGUCCUCCAAUGCAUCAUCUGGUACACUCUCAUGCUCUUCAUGUUCGAGUACCGCGGCGCCAAGCUGCUCAUCACCGAGCAGUUCCCCGACACCGCCGGCUCCAUCGCCUCCAUCACCGUCGACUCCGACGUCGUGUCGCUCGACGGGCGCCGCGACGCGCUCGAGACCGAGGCAGAGAUCAAAGAGGACGGCAAGCUCCACGUCACUGUCCGGCGGUCCAACGCCUCCCGGUCGGACGUCUACUCCAGGAGGUCCCAGGGGUUCUCCACCGCCACCCCUCGCCCUUCCAACCUCACCAACGCCGAGAUUUACUCGCUUCAGUCGUCCCGCAACCCGACGCCGAGAGGCUCCAGCUUCAACCACACCGACUUCUACUCCAUGGUCGGCAGGAGCUCCAAUUUCGGUGCAUCGGAUGCCUACGGCGCGAUGCCGACUGGAGCAGUGAGGGGGCCGACGACGCCGAGGCCGUCCAGCUUUGAGGAAGAGCACGGCACCGCCGCAGCUGGCGCGAACGCGGCCGGCGCAGGUGCCAAGGCCCGCUUCCACUACCAGAUGCCGGUGACCGCCGGGACGCCCCACUACCCGGCGCCGAAUCCCUCCGUGUUUUCGACGGCGGCGACAGGCGGUCCAAGAGCUGCACCGAUGGGCGGCAAGAAGGCUAACGGGCAGUCCCAUUUGUUGAAAGCGGAGGACGGAGGGACGAAAGAUCUCCACAUGUUUGUAUGGAGCUCCAGUGCGUCUCCCGUCUCCGAUGUGUUUGGUAACAACCAGGAGUACGGUUUGCCGGCGACGGAUCCUUUGGCUGCCAAAGAAGUUAGAAUGACGGUUUCUCCAGGCAAAGUGGUGGAUGGGCGCAAGGAGAGGGAUGAUUACAUGGAGCGAGAGGACUUCAGCUUCGGAAAUAGGGGAAUGAUGGAGAGAGAUGGUGCGCAUGAGGGAGGUGGCGACGAGAAGAUGCAUGAGAGCACCAAAGGAGGAGGGAGAGGCACGGUGUUGCCCCCGGCCAGCGUCAUGACGAGGCUGAUCCUCAUCAUGGUGUGGCGGAAGCUCAUCCGCAACCCCAACACCUACUCCAGCCUCAUCGGCAUCACCUGGGCCCUCGUCUCCUUCAGAUGGCAUGUUCAGAUGCCCGCCAUUAUAUCGCAGUCCAUCUCCAUACUGUCGGACGCAGGCCUUGGCAUGGCUAUGUUCAGCCUUGGUCUGUUUAUGGCGUUGCAGCCAAGGAUCAUAGCAUGUGGGAAUUCGGUUGCAGCUUUUGCCAUGGCUGUGAGAUUCUUCGCAGGCCCAGCUGUCAUGGCCGCCGCUUCCAUCGUCGUGGGUCUCCGAGGCGUCCUCCUCCACAUCGCCAUUGUGCAGGCAGCACUCCCCCAAGGAAUUGUCCCCUUCGUCUUUGCAAAGGAGUACAAUCUGCAUCCUGAUAUCCUCAGCACUGCGUGAGUACAGAGAGCUGGUUAUAUUCGGGAUGCUGAUUGCGCUGCCCUUUACGCUGGUUUACUACAUUCUACUGGGUCUCUGAUGUAAAGUAUAUCCCGAGAGACUAGAGGCGUCAAAAGACGGCAGCAUAGGCUGGGUUCGGAAAAAGAAAAGAGAGGCUAUCCCCAAACCUGUGGAAAAAGGAUACCGAAUCCGAUUCGGACCGACGUGGUUCUUAUUGAAAGAUGAUGAUGUAAAAUGAUGUGUUAUUCAAUCUCAAGAGCUCUUCCUCUUUCUUC